AUGAUUAUUCUUGGCACUGGUUAUCUUGGAUGUUUCAGUGAUUAUGACCGUUUAGGACCUGGCAGAGAUCGUGUGCUCUCCGAUGGUCCCCGCGAAUAUGACUAUAUUCUCACGAUUGACCUGUGCAUCAAAGCAUGCAAAGAGGACGGAUACUUCUACGCAGGUGUAGAAGACGAGGACCAAUGUUUCUGCGGAGGACAAGAUGAAAACCUUGUCAAACAUGGAAACGCUUCGGAUGGAGAAUGUAAAGGUGUUUGUGCUGGAGAUCGCCUUGAAUCAUGUGGGUACUCAGAUUUUAUCGGCAUCUACCAAGUUGGCCUAGGUGUCUGCGAAGACCCUGGUACCCCUCAAAACGGAUUCAGGUACAAUGAAACCGGCUCUCUGCGUUACGGCAGCAAGAUAUAUUUUAACUGCUCCGAUGAGUUCACACUCGAAGGACCUGACGUCAUCCAGUGCGUGCAGAUGUUCGGUCGCAGAGACGAUGUUAGUAUUGCUAACAGCACCCAUGCCGUUAUGUGGAACCAAAGUCUUCCAAAAUUUCAACUACACCGUCUUCUGCGACUACCAAGGGCGGAGGGCAAACUAACCAAAUACAAUUCAGUGGGAAAACUGGCCCAGACCAGCAGAGUGGGGCAGACAAGUGACACGACUGGGUCAGAGCAGCAGAGUGGUAACUGA